UCGGGUCCGAUAAGAGCGCCUCCCUCCGCCCCUGUUUGCUCGUCCAUCGCGCGCCUAUCAAGCCUCUGCCCUGCCGAGUGUUUGCGGAGCGCGCCGGGGCGUGGCUCGCCCCUCUCGCCUCGCGCCUCGCGCCUCGCCACCAGCCACUCGCACCCGGACGGCGGCGGGACCGCGCGGCACGCAGCGCUGCGCCUUUAAGAGCACAGGAGGCGCCGCCGCUCGGCUCGUGACGCGAGGACGCGACGCAGCGCGCGACUACGACUACGACUAAGACGACGAGGACGACGAGGACGAGGACGACGACGAGGAGGGUGGCUGUGCGGACAGGAGGAGGGGGAAGAAGGGCGCGCGAGACGAGAGCUGCAAGAGGAGGGCAGGAGGAGGAGGCGAUCGCGGACACACGAUGAAAAGCGUCACGGAGGCGGCGACGAGCGCUCCUGUCGUCGUCGUUGUUGUUCUUGUUCUUGUUGUUGUCGUUCGGACCGCGACCGCCGCCGCCGCCGCGCCUCGGUCUCCCCGCCGCUGAUGCCGGUGCGGCUCCUCCUCCACCUCCACCUCCACCUCCCCCUCGGCCCUCGCGCGCUCCACUCAUCGUGUUGCACGACCGGCGGCGGCGUCACCACCACCGGCGUCUCGUGGAGCCGAGCCGCGAGCAGCAGCAGCAGCAGCGGCGGCGGCGCGAGCGCGAGCGCGGAGGGCGCGCGGCCAUGAGGGAGUACAAGGUGGUGGUGCUCGGCAGCGGCGGCGUAGGCAAGUCGGCGCUCACGGUGCAGUUCGUCACGGGCUCCUUCAUCGAGAAGUACGACCCCACGAUCGAGGACUUCUACCGCAAGGAGAUCGAGGUGGACUCGUCCCCGUCCGUCCUCGAGAUCCUGGACACGGCGGGCACGGAGCAGUUCGCGUCCAUGCGCGACCUCUACAUCAAGAACGGCCAGGGCUUCAUCCUCGUCUACAGCCUCGUGAACCAGCAGAGCUUCCAGGACAUCAAGCCCAUGCGCGAGCAGAUCACGCGCGUCAAGCGCUACGAGCGCGUGCCCAUGGUGCUCGUGGGCAACAAGGUGGACCUGGAGGGCGAGCGCGAGGUGUCGGCGGGGGAGGGCAAGGCGCUGGCCGACGAGUGGAGCUGCCCCUUCAUGGAGACCUCGGCCAAGAACAAGAGCUCCGUGGACGAGCUCUUCGCCGAGAUCGUGCGCCAGAUGAACUACGCGAGCGCGCCCGACGGGGACGCGCGCUGCUGCUCCGCCUGCGCCAUCCUCUAGGCGAGGAGGGCGGCUGCGGGGACGGGGAGUCGGCGGGACGCCGAGUGUGUGUGUGCGCGAGUCAGUGAGUGAGUGAGUCCGUGAGUGUGUGUGUGUGUGUGUGUGAGACGGAGACGGGAGAGACACCAGCGUCCCGCUGUCCCCCCCCCCCCCCCCCCCCCCCCCCCC